UCACAUUGCUGGCGAAGCUCAURAAAAAUAAGAGACUGUUAAUACUGCGCAACGAAACAACAAAAAGAUGACCCAACGAGGAAGAUACCCCAUUGGCGAUGAGGAUGUGGUGACCAUUAAAGGCAGGUACCUCUACAAGGGGGACGGUGACACUCGAUUUUUUGUAAAAGGAAUCGCAUUUCCGAUCCCUCCUCCCGCUCCCGUGAAGAUUGAUAUCGAUGGAUGGAUUACCGUGCUGGAGCAGCUCGCCAACGACACCGAUAUCAAUGCCGUUCGCAUUUACGACAUGGAUUGCUACCAUGUGGAUGAUACGUACGAUCCGUUUCUUCGGAGGGCUGCCGAACUCGGUAUCUACGUUAUUGUUCCUCUCACCAGCAGCGAAGGCGACGGAAAUCUCAGCCGGGAUACUUCUCCCCCGGACUGCUACCCGCAAAAAUUGUUUCAUUACGGGAAAACCUGUAUCGACAAAUACUGGGACCGCCCAAACGUCCUGAUGGGUGUGAUCGGAAACGAGGUGAUGAACAGUUUCACCACCUACAAGAGUGCACCGUGUGUGAAAUCCUACUUGCAAGAUCUGGUGAAAUACAGUCGUUCAUUGUCCAGCCAAUCGUCAUCGAGUAGAAAAGCGUUUCCUCUCAUCUACGCAACCCAGCACGACUCCCCAACAUCAGAGCUCCAUCCCGAUGAGGCCAUCAAGCUGACAUUGGACUACCUUUCUUGUGCCUCUGGCACAGAAAGAAGUGAUGGGGCCCUUGAUCUUGUUUUCGGGAUCAACAUUGAGAGCUGGUGUUCUUCGUCGGAAUCUUUUGAUGUUGAAGACGACGGUAUUACGGAAUCGAGUUAUCAUUCCUUAUGGAGAACCUUCUCUGGCAAAAACAAAACAGUGAAGAUCGUAGAUGCCGUUACCGGAGACUUUACACUCGAGCAAGUUCUUCCCGUGUCGCCAAUUCCGGUAGCUGUGCCAGUUGUCUUUAGUGAAAUGGGUUGCUCGAGAAGAGAUUUCAACAGAGACAAUCCUCUUAUACCAGAAGACCUUAAGAAUAUUCGAGAUUGGAAGCAAAUUCCUUUGGUAUCGUCGGAAGACGGGAAAAUGGCCGACCUAUGGAGUGGGUUUAUUGCUUAUGCAUACGAUGGCGGAGGAUUCGAUGUCUUUCGUAUGAUGGGUGGCAAUUCGACCAAAUGGAAUGGAAAAGAAUCUCUCCCCCCAUCAACGGAGUACAAUAAUUUUCGUUAUCAGUUGUCGAAGGUAAACAAUCGAAGUCUCACAGGAGAGUCUUCCUUCUCUUUGAGCGAGAUAGCCGAGAUAGAUCAAUCAACUUUAUCUUGCAAAGAUGCCACUGCCAAGAUUCGGAAAUUCUUUGGUGUCAAAUUAUAUUCGCUAUCUGAAAUGCCAUCAUAUUUUCCUGAAGUUAGGGAUAAUGUAAAGCGAUUGACAACAUUCGAUCCUCGUGCGCCACCAUCUGCGGGCACUCCAACGGAAUCCUCUAUUACCAACAGAGUAGCGUCCUAUGGAGAACUGCAUCUCCUGAUUUCAGUGUUAUUGUUCGUUUUGCUGGCUGUUGGAUUUUUGUUUCUGGGUAGAAGAAGAGGCGAACGACCCAAUAUCCGAUUCGGUUGGCUCGAACAACGAUUUGGACUGAAUGUGGAUUCUAACAAUAACAAAAGACACUUCGAGGACGAGAACAUCCCUUUGAAGUCUGCUGAUAUGAACUACGGCAGCAUGUAGGCCGCUUCUAGGAAGACUGAAUCCUCAUCGUCUACCAUGAAUCUUGGUAUCCUAUUCUUUGGCAGGGAACAAAUUUGAAUAAGAGAGAAUCGACAUA